CGAGUUGCUGUCCGACUACCUUGCCGCUGUAGCCCUGACCGCUUGGCACGAGAAGUCACAGAGCAACACAUGGAAGGGUUGAUUUGCGCAUGCUGCGCACGCAUCCACGUGGCCGCCAACCACGGAGAAACUGGAUUUCAGACCGUCUCGGACUUGUUCUCCAGCCUCACCGAGGACAGCUUUCGAGCGAACUGGUGCUACGACACCUAUGCCAGCAGGUACGCGAACAUUCCAGCUAUCCAACAGCGCCUGGAGCACAGGCAGUGGGUUCGGCAAUUGCCCGACGGCUCGAACAUUUUGUGCUGCCCAGAAGAUAUACGCUGCAAGACGUGCGGCCCGCAGUCCAGCACGCUGUGCCCGCGGUGUCGUGUCCCGCUCUGUCGCACUUGCCUGAUGCGCAUGACUCAAAGACGGGUACCUGGCGUGCCACAGGCGUUGACGAACGACAACUGGCUGGGAUACCCGACAGAGCUGUUGUAUCGGCAUCGGGUUCGCUGGGUCGAGGCUGCGGCCACCUGUCCCGUGUGGACCUCAGUCGUGUGCUUCUACCUUGAACAAGACCGGGGACACUUGUUGGAAGAAGACAUCCACAAGGCAGAGCACCGCGUAGCCAUCCGAGGCAACGUCAGUUCCUUCAGCAUGCCGUGGGAAGACAUCAUGGCGACCUUGGACCCAACCCAGCAGGGCCAUCGGACGUGGGAGUCCUUGCCACAUUCGCCUGCUACACUGCAAGCACUUGUGAAGAUUACGGUUAAGGGCAUGCGAUACAAUGAAGCACUGGAGUGGGUAUCGGGAGCUAAAAUUCGACCUUCUGUAGUUAUCGCUCUCUUGCAACACCUGGUGGACUUGGAGCACCCCAUGUGUGAAAACAGAGACAGCCCCGACCAAGAAAAAGUGCGGAUUGCAGAGAGAGUGGAAACCGUGUAUGGAAAACAUGAAACCUGUCCAUUGCUCGACCCAGCCACUUUGAAUCGCACGAAUUCCAGCACAGAUCCGCUCAGAGCUACAGAGACUGAGCCGGCAGUGUCGCCGUCACGCUCUCCGCUACAGAGCGUCGCUCAAGUGCGCAAAAGAGGGCCCACGUCUGGACUCAGGACUUUGGUCUUGCAAGGGGUUUACGAACAUGUGGUUCCUUCUCGUGAUCUAGACGCCACCCUUGAGUGCAUCCACCAAGAGAUGCGCGCAGACUGCGCCAAGAAUGGGCAAUGUUUGCCAUGCAAGCCUGUGUUGAAUACUGCAAGCGUUGGCGGCACGGCGGAGUAUGCUGAGCUUUCUACACGCUACAAAGCGUCGCAUGUAAAGCUGAUGAUCUCUUGGCUGGCACGGAAAACUCAAAAAGUUGCUGACAACAGACCGGAAGAUCUGCUUCUCAAUGUGCUGGCAACGUGCGCCUACAGUCUACAGCGUGCCAUAGAGAUCAUGGACUCCGCAGGACUUGUAUUGAGCAACGAUGACGCGCGUGAAGCCAAGCAAUCGCUCAUCUCCUAUGUGCAAAGCUUUUGUUGGUUGGCGUUCCACUGUUGCGACAACCACCUUUUGUUGUUCAAGGUAAGGCCCAAGACCCAUUACCUUUACCAUGUUGCCACCGAAGUGGGUGAACUUCGAUUAAAUCAGAACUUGACCCAUACAUUUGAAGAAGAGUCCUUUUUGGGCAAGAUCAAGGCCAUUGCGGCCAAAACCCAUGGAAAAACGAUGACCCAAAGGGUCUUUCAAAGAUACCUGUUGUGCUUCGCGGCGUUCAUCGACCAAGACCGCAGGCGAACGUGA